CGUGCCGGGCACUGGUGGAUGAGCUGGAGUGGGAGAUUGCCCAGGUCGACCCCAGGAAAACCAUCCAGAUGGGCUCCUUCCGGAUCAACCCUGACGGCAGCCAGUCAGUCGUGCCCUACGCCCGGUCGGAGGCACAUCUGACAGAGCUGCUGGAACGGGUGUGCGAGAAGAUGAAAGAGUACGGGGAAAAAGUGGAUCCAUCCACACACCGUAAGAGUUACGUCCGGGUGAUCUCCCAUGAUGGGACCAAGAUGGACCUCUCCGGGGUCAAAAUUGAUGGAGAUGUGGCUUCUAGCCUGAAGUUUGCGUGCGAGAGCAUUGCCGAGGAGUAUGAAGAUGAACUCAUUGAAUUCCUUUCCCACGAGGCCGACAACGUCAAGGACCGUCUCUGCAGCAAGCGGACGG